GUAUAAAUAAACGGGGAAUUCGUAAAGUUUUACAUCGUUCGGAAGCUCAAGAAAGUCAGAGAUCAAGAAAUAAUUUGACAUCAUGAAGACGGUUCUUGCAUUGGCAAUCUUGGCUGUGGCCAUCAUCGGCUCAGAAUGUAGGCAUUUGCAGAAAUACCCUGGCUACCUUUGCAAAUACCCUGGGCACUACGCUUAUCCAAAGAGCUGCGAGAAGUUCAUUCAAUGUGAUGCUCAUGGCAACGCGUUUAUCAUGCCUUGUGCCCCUGGUACUGUUUUCAACCCUUACAUCAGCGUCUGUGUCCACAAGAACAAAUACUCCUGCGGAGCUUACAAACCCGGAUAUUAUGGUGGCAAGCAUCCCUACCACGGUUAUCUCUGCAAGAGGCCUGGGCACUAUGCACAUCCAUACAGCUGCACUAAAUUUGUCCAAUGCGAUAACCAUGGCAACGCAUUCGUCAAACACUGCUCCUACGGAACUGUCUUUAACCCUUACAUCCAGGUCUGCGAUCACCCAUACAAUUAUCCCAAAUGCGGAUAUUAUAAACACGGUUACAAGAAAGAUUAUGGUUACAAGAAAGGACCAUGCGCAUACAGACAUGGUGCCUUGUUGCCAUACAAGCCCAAUUGCCAUUACUUCAUUCACUGCUCCCAUGGCAUUGGAUACGUGAAAGCCUGCCCAAGCAACCUCGUCUGGAACCCAAAGAUCAAGGCUUGUGAUUGGUACAAAAAGGGAUACUACUACAACCACUGUCAUUAUUAUGGCAAGCAUUAUUAUUAAAUUCCAAGAAGAUCAAUGAAUGAACAAUAAUAAACUUAAGUUAAUGCUUACUAGACUUUUUUCAGUGUCUGAUUUUCUUAAAAAAAAUGAUUUUACGAUUCAA